AUGCCUGGCCGAUCCGCCCGUUCGGCUUCCACCGCCACGCGCAAGACCUCCGCCCAGCCGUCGCGCGCUGGAUCAGUGACGCCGUCUUUUACUAUACCCGAGGAGCCUGCACUGCCCGAGGCUAUUCCCAACUUGCGCCGCGAUGUAUGCUCCAUCUUCGCCGAUGCGCAGCGCUCUACAACCGGACACCGGAAGCUCGUCGUGCGACUACGGAAGCUCCAAGAGGCCUGCUGCGGUAUUCCCCAGAAGAACUCCAAGAAGGAUGGCAAGAAUGCUCAAAAAGAACUGUUGCUCCCAUCCGAAGAGUCUCUGCCCGAGAAGGAGUUCAAUGUAGAGGUCAGCCGCUGCGCCCUCCGCAUUCUCCCUAUCAAGAAGUCGGAGCCUGUCGGCGACCGCAUCCUGCGCUUCCUGGGCGCGUUCCUGACGCAGGCGUCCGAGAAGGAUGCGGAGCUUUUUGCUAUGGAUGAAGAAGAAGAUGACGAUAUGGAAAACGCCCCCGAGACCCCAACUGCUCGUUUGACGACCAGCUUGAUCAACCUGGUUGUUCCCAUGUUGGCCACCAAAGACAAGACGGUCCGCUUCCGCGCCACCCAGAUCAUCGCCCACAUUGUCAACUCGCUCGAAACGAUAGACGACGACCAAUAUCGCGCGAUCCGCGGAGGCCUCCUGAAGCGCAUCCGAGACAAGGAGCCCGCAGUCAGAGUGCAGGCUGUCAUGGGGUUGGGCCGUCUUGCGGGCAACGAGGAAGACGACGACAACGAUGAGAGCAAGGCUCUACUCGAGCGACUCAUCGACAUCAUGCAGAAUGAUACGAGUGCGGACGUGCGAAAGACGCUACUAAUCAACCUGCCGCUUGUACCCGGCACCCUGAAAUACCUCCUUGAACGAGCCCGUGAUCUUGACGCAGGCACUCGACGGGCCUUGUAUUCGCGUCUUCUUCCUAGCCUCGGUGACUUCCGCCAUCUGUCGCUGUCUAUGAGAGAGAAACUGCUUCGAUGGGGUCUCCGCGAUCGAGACGAGAGCGUGAGAAAGGCCACUGGUAAGCUGUUUUUCGACCGCUGGGUGGAAGACUGCGCGGGCACCAAUAACGAUCCCGAAGCCGGCCCGACUGGUCAACGCUCUCCACCCAACAUGUUAGCGCUGCUAGAGCUGCUAGAGAGAAUCGACGUGGUCAACUCCGGUGUGGAGUCUGGAAUUGCGCACGAAGCCAUGCGCAGCUUCUGGGAAGGCCGUCCUGACUAUCGAGAGGCGGUUGUCUUCGACGAGCCUUUCUGGGAGAAUCUUACAGCCGAAUCUGCUUUCCUGAUCCGCUCCUUCAGCGACUUUUGCCGCGUCGAGCAUGAAGGGAAGUACGACAAGCUUGCGGACGAGAAGAUACCCGAAGUCACGGCGCUUGCAUUCUACUUACACAAGUACAUGACCGACCUGUUGCAACGGAAGAAGGCCGCAAAAGACGCCGGUGGUGCCAACGAUGAUGAGACUGUGGAGCAGGAAUUCGUGGUGGAACAACUGCUACAUAUCUCCAUGACGCUGGACUACAGUGACGAAGUUGGACGACGCAAGAUGUUCUCCCUACUCCGCGAGUCGCUGGCCGUUCCCGAACUCCCCCAGGAAUGCACCAGGCUCGCGGUCGAGACCCUGCGAUGUGUUUGCGGGCCGAACGCCGCAGCGGAGAACGAGUUCUGCAGUGUCGUGCUGGAAGCCAUCGCUGAAGUCCACGACACCAUUGUUACCGAAGACAGCUUUGUGUCUGCCCGGUCUGAAAUCAGUGACGCUAGCUCUACUCGCCACCGAUCCGAAACUCCUCAAACCGAGGACGAGAAGCCUUUCAACAAAGAGGAGGCGAAAGCGAAGGUUCUCAAAGAGAUCGUCAUCAAUAUGAAGUGCCUGUACAUUGCCCAGUGCAUGCUGCAGAAUGUGGAGGGCAACCUGCAGGCCAACAUGAACUUGGUGACCAUGCUGAAUAAUCUUGUCGUGCCUGCUGUUCGCAGUCAUGAAGCUCCCAUCCGUGAGCGGGGUCUCGAGUGCCUGGGGCUCUGCUGUCUGUUAGACAAGAAUUUGGCCGAGGAAAACAUGACCCUUUUCAUCCACUGCUACAGCAAGGGCCACGAAGCCCUGCAGGUGACUGCCAUCCAUAUCUUGUGUGAUAUGCUGACCACGCACCCUACCUUGCUGUUACCUGUGACUCAAUCAGAUGGCGAGACGGUGGCCCCGCCAGUCUUCCAGAAGCCACUGCUCAAGGUCUUUGCACGAUCACUCAAGUCCAGCUCGCCCAACAGCGUACAGACGGCUGCUGCCACGGCCCUCUCCAAGCUGCUGCUCACCAACACAUUCACGCCAUCGGGAUCGAAUAUUCCCCAGGCCAUCCAGGAAUAUAACCAGUCGGCCAUUGAGACCCUCCUACAGUCACUCGUCCUCUCCUUCUUCCAUCCUCGUACUCGGGACAACCCCGCGCUGCGACAGGCUUUGGCCUACUUCUUCCCUGUGUAUUGCCAUUCACGACUGGACAAUACGCAACACAUGCGCAAGGUCGCGGUUCCCGUGGUGCGGGCAACCCUGACUGCCGCUGAAGAGUACUACUCGCUGGAAGCCGAGGAGGACAGCGACGGCGACAUUGAUGAGAGUGUCGGCCAGAGAGAAUUGAAGGCAUUGAUGGCCGGCGUCCUGGGGAUGCUGGCUGAGUGGACUGACGAGCGGCGGGUGGUUGGGCUCGGCGGAGAACGGGUUCUGGCGGGUGGACCUGCUAGCUCCAAUGCUUGCGGGUUCGUGCACCUGGCCCUGGUCAAGGACAUCCUGGAGCGUGUUCUCGGAAUCAGUGCCGGCACCAACCGCUGCUCCAAGGAAGAGAAGAAGCUACUCUUCUCGCUCCUGAGCAAGCUCUACAUCGCUCCACCCACGGUGCCCUCGCGAUCGGGAUCUCGUAAUCCGGAGGGCGAUGAUCCAUUCCGCUCCAGUGUUCGAAGCACACAGGGUGAAAUCACGCCAGAGAAUACGGAACUGGCCAAGGAGGUGAAGGAGCUACUAGACGAGACGAUCGAAGAAGGCCUUGCUGCCGAGGCCGCUGGGCGAAACGCUCUGGUCAAGGUCAAGAACUCGGUCCUCAAGCUCUUGGCGGCCGCUCAUGGCGGGCGCCCGGCCAGCGCGAGGACCCGGGAGGGCAUGGACGAAGGCGAUAGCGAUGUCAUGAGCGUACGGUCGAUGAGCGUCCGGUCAGGCAGUGUGCGGCCGUCCAUUGAGCCCGGCUUCAUGCGCCGGGGCUUCUCACCGGAGCCGAGUAUCAUUGAGGAGGAAGAUGAGAACGAAGAUAGUCGGACAACGAUUGUCAAGUCGGAAGCUCAUGAUGACGAGUAAUCGGUGGUCUUGGUUUCGGUUGGCGUUCGCGGAUGGCUUGGUCUUGGUGCGCACUGGUUGGCUAGCAAUGGGAGACCGUGUAAUUAGGUGUUUGGGUACGCGUGUACAUGAUGUUCUAUCUUCUAAUGGUCAAUUGUCCAUGAUUCUUACGGGGAGCAUUGGGUGUGCGGAGAUGUGCCGGGACGGUCCUGUUGGGGGAUCGUGUGAUCUGGAACGUGGACGAGGCCGUAGCUUGCCGGCGCGCUAGUGGCAGUUUAGACUGGGAUUCCUAAGGCGGGAAGCUGAUG